CCGAGCUCAGCGGGGUCCCCCUCUCUAAGGAAGGGGGGACCCGGACGGAGCGCGGGGGCUCAGGCUUGUGUGUUUUCGUUUCCCGGCUCUUGGCAAAGAGCUCUUGGCAUUCGGCGGCCGCGUCCCCCGCGGGUUCCUCUGCUGCCCCCAGCGCCGGUUUGAAAGAACCUUCUCCUUGUGCCCUUCCUGUGCCGUGCUCGGGGCAGCCCCAUCCUGCAGCCCGAGCUUCCUCAGGUAGCCCGGGCGCUGUGGGGAUGGCUCCCGAGGGUCUCCGGAUCGGCAGCGAGGGGUCUGGGCAGUGACCUGGCAGGCUGGCCAAGAUGUCUCUUCACGACGCGAGAGCCGCGGCUCUCCUUGCUUGGGUGAACAGCACAAAGGUUUGUCCUGAUCCCCUCAAUGAUCUGUCCCAGCUCCGGGACUGUAGUGUCUUCAUCAGGAUUAUCCACAAAAUCCACAGGAGCAAGGAGGGAGAGUCCGUGCUGGAGCAGCCGCUACCGGAGAGGAUCUCUUUCAUCCGUGGCUUCCUGCAGAAGCACUGCAGGCACAAAUUGGCUGCAGAGAACCUGGUCUCUGCACAGAAGCUGGUGGAUGGAGAGGAGCUGGCUCUGGCCAAGGUGGCUGUGCUGCUCCUGUAUCACACCUCUAUGAGCUGCAAGAGCCCUGGUGACUGGAAUGAGUUUGACUACAAGACCCAGGUUGAGCUGGCAUCAAUCCUCAAAUUUGUGCUGGAUAACGAGGAGAGCCUGAAUGAGAACCUAGAGCCAUUUCUGCUGACGAAAGCAGCGCCAUCCUCGUGUGGCACGUCCAGCAGCGGCAUGGAGGAGCAUUCCCCGCCACAUUCCCUCCCGCACAAGCGGGAGGUGCGUUUCCUGGAGCUGCAGAAGAUUGCCUCCUUCCCCAGCACCAACAACAUGCUGCCCAGCCCUCCAUCUUCGCCCAUGGGGGACAUCAUGCAGACCCCCCAGUUCCAGCUGCGACGGCUGAAGAAGCAGCUGGCUUUUGAGAGGGAGAACCGGGACGGGCUGGAGGUGGAGCUGGCGGAGAAUCGCAAGCUCCUCAUGGAGAAAGAGGCUCAGAUCACCAUGAUGCAGCAGCGAAUUGAUCGCUUGGCUAAGCUCAACGAGAAGCAAGCUGCAGACCAGCUGGAGCCCAAAGAAAUGGAGGAGCUGAGGGAGAAGAAUGAGAGCCUGGUGGGGCGCCUGCACGAGGCCUUCAGGCAGUGCCAGGACCUGAAGACUGAAAAGGCCCAGAUGGACCGGAAGAUCAACCAGCUUUCUGAGGAGAACGGCGAUCUUUCCUUCAAGCUGCGGGAGAUCGCCAGCCACAUGGUCCAGCUGCAGGAAGCCCUGAACGAGCUCUCAGAGGAGCACAACGCUGCCCUGGCACAGUCUCAGGAAAAGCAGGGACAGCUGGAGAACGAGCUGCGUGCUGCCCUGCAGGACAAGAAAUCUUCGGAAGAGAAAAUUGAGAUUCUCCAGGGAAAGAUUUCUCUGCUGGAAGACCAGCUGGCCAAGCUGGAGGAGUGCAGCAGCCAGGAGAAGGGAGAAGUCAUGGGGGACAUUCUGAAGCUGGAGGAGCUGAAGCAGGAGGUGUCCAGCCUCACUACCAAAGGAGCAGAGCUCCAGGCCACGGUCCUGCGGCUGGAGGAGGAGAAGCAGCUGCGGGAGGCAGCCCUGCAGUCCGAACGUGGCCGCUUCGAGGAGGAGAAGCAGCAGCUGAGCAGCCUUGUCACCAGCCUCCAGAGCUCCCUCUCUGAGAGCCACCGGGCCCAAGAGAGGCUGGAGCAGGACCUGAAGGCACGGGAUGCUGAGGGGCAGGCCGGGCAGCUGGCUGCCCUCAGUGUCCAGCAUGAGCAGACCCUGCAGGAGAGGGACUCUGCCCUGCAGCAGCUGCAGCAGCUGCGGGAGGCCAACGCAUCCCUGAGCAGCCAGCUGCAGGCCACAGGUGCCAGCCAGGCCGCCUUGGCCGAGGAGAAGGCUGCGCUGAGCCACAAGGUCAGCAAGCUGGAAGCCCAGAUCCUGGAGCUGAGUGCUCAGCAGCAGCAGGGAGUGGCAGCAGAGGCACUGAAAGUCCAGGUGCGGGAGCUGGAGGUUCGGCUAAAGGAGAGCCAGCAGAGACUGGCUGAGAGGGAGAAGCUGGCCCGGGAAAACAGCCGUCUGCAGGAGCAGCUGCUCUUCCUGGAGGAAUCCCUGCGGAACACUGAGGGCAUCCUGGAGGAUGAGAAGAGGCGGGCAGCUGACUGCUUGGAGGGCAACCUGGCCAGGAUCGCUGAGCUGGAGGCGGAGAGACAGCAGCUGGUACAGAGCCGGGAGCAGGCUCCACAGGAGCGGGUCGAGGAGCUGGCUGCGCACCAGGUGCUGGAGGAGAGCCGGGAGAAGCCGAUGGGAGCCUCUCCUGCUGCCCGAGGGGAGGACAGAGAGCGCGUGCGGCUGGAGGAGGAGGUCCGGGCGCUGAGCCGGGAGCAUGGCCAGGUCUGCCAGCAGCUGCAGGCCGAGCAGGAGAAGGUGGCUGCGCUGGAGGCCCAGGCAGAGCGCCUGGCUGCAGAGCAACAGGAGCGACUGGCUGCCCUCCAGGCUGACCUGUCCAGCACCCAGGCAUGGGUGAAGGAGAAGGAGAGCGAGGAGCAGAAGCUGAGGGCUGAGGUCUCCUCCCUGCAGGAGAAGAUGGCCAUGGCAGAGCAAACUGCGGCCCAGCGCGUGGCUGGGCUGGAGGCGGAUGCCCGUAGAGCUGCCGAGGCGCUGGAGGGGGUCUCCCAGCAGCUCUCCCAGGAGAAGCUCAAAUCCAAGGAGCUGGAAGGCACCAUGGAGCGGCUGCGGAGCGCAGAGAAGGAGCUGGUGUCCCUCCGCUCCGCCGUGCAGGAAAAGGAGAGCUGGAAGGAGCAAGUGUCCCAGUGCGUCCAGGAGAUGGAGAGGAAGAACAGCCUGAUCGGCAGCCUGGAGCACGAGGUCUCCAUUCUCCAUCGGCAGGUGACGGAGAAGGAGGGGGAGAGCAAGGAGCUGAAGCGCCUGAUCCUGGCCGAGUCAGAGAAGAGCAAGAAGCUGGAGGAGAGGCUGCGGGUGCUGCAGACGGAGAUGGCCACCGCUGCCUCCCGCGCGGCCGAGAGGUGCUCGCUGAUGAAGGUGGAGGUGCAGCGUUGCCAGGAGGAGAUGGAGAAGCAGCGAAUGACCAUCGAGGCCCUGAAGAGGGACCGCCACUGCCAGAGCGAGCGGGAGGAUGAGCUGCGGCAGGAGGCGAAGGUCUGCCAGGACAAGUGCCAGCAGAAGGAGCAGCUCCUGGCCGCCCUGCAGCAGGAGCUCGACAGUGCCCAGGCACUCGCUGGGGAGCUGCCGGCACUGAAGCACCUUUGCCAGCAGCUCCAGGCCGAGCGUGCCUCCCUGGAAAGCCAGCACCGCCAGGACCUGGAGCAGAGGAUGAAAGCCACGGGUGCGCUGCAGGCUGAGCUGGCCCAGGCCAAGCAGGAGGCGGCCGAGGCACUGUCGCUGCGGGAGCGCUCGGCGGAGCAGGACCGGGCCAUUCAGCAGCUGCGGGCCGAGGCGGCGAAGGCGGCGGCACAGCUGGCGGGGCUGCAACAGGCCAACGCUCGUCUGGCCGAGGAGAACCAGGGGCUCAGCGAGAGCCGGAGCCAGGGGCGGCAGCAGCUCGAGGCAGAACUGGGCCAGGCCAGGGAGCGGCACGUGCAGGAGCUGGAGCGGCUGCGGGCGGCGUCCGAGGAGCUGGUGACCGUCAGCAGGAAGGAGGCUGAGGAGGCGGCGCAGAAGCUGGAGAAGAUGAGUAAGGAGUAUGAGAGCAGCAAAGCUGCAGCGCUGGAGGAGAGGAAGAAGCUGCUGGAGGAGAGGAAGAAGCUGCUGGAGGAGAGGCACAGACUGACAGCUCAGGUGGAACAGCUGGAGGUAUUUCGGAAAGACCAGGCUAAGCAGGUGGAGGAGCUGAAUAAAAAGCUGACUCAGCACGAGAAGGCCACCUUGACCCAGCAGCAGAGAGUUAAGGCGCUGGAAGAGGAGCUGCAGGCAGUGGCCACCCGCCAGCAGGAGAAGGUUGCAGAGCUGCAGGGGCAGCUCGCCCAGAAGGAGCAGGCAGCUGAGCACUACAAAGGGCAGAUGGAGAAGGCAAAAACUUACUAUGACGCCAAGAAGCAGCAGAACCAGGACCUGGCAGAGAAGCUGAAGGCCAUGGAGCGGCUGCAGAAGGAGAACACGGAGCUCCGGAGCGAGUCAGACAGGCUGGCCAAGGAGCUACAGCAGAGCAUCCUGCAGGCCAAGGAGUCGGAGCUGAGCUGCAGGAACCUUACCAGCCAGGUCCGCAGCCUGGAGGCUCAGGUGGAGAUUGCUGAACGGCAGCUACAGGAGCUCAGGAAGUUCCAGGUGAAGAGCACCUCACUAAAGGACCAGGAGACUUGUCACCAGAACUUGGCGGACCAGAGCACUGACAGCCUCGAUGAGGCACAGCCGCUCAACUCUACCAGGCAGGCUAGCAGCUCGGAAGCCUCGGCAGUGCCACUGGACAGGGAAGAGUCGCUGGUGUCCCAGCGGCUGCCUCGGGAGGUGGAGUCCCUGGAGAGCCUCUACUUUACCCCCAUCCCCAGCGGGACGCGGUCCAAGCUGGAGAGCAGCACCGACUCCUUGGGCAGCCUCUCGCUCGAAUCCGGGUGCAAGACCCGCUCGGCCCGGCGCCGCACCACCAUCAACAUCACCAUGACAAACAAACAGGCCAAGUCUGAGGAACUGGACUGCGUCAACCUCUCCUUCUACAGCAUCCCGUCAGCUCAGUCCCCGAGCGCUUCCCCUGCCAAGAGACGGCUGCGCUCAGCUGCCUCCACCCGCUCCCUCACCAGCUUUCCCUCCCGGGAAACUCUUGUCAAGCUGGAAACCUCCUCCCCGGAGGAAACCCCUGGCAAUUCAGCACUGCUGGGCCUCCCCGGGUACCGGCCAGUCACUCGCAGAUCCUUGCGCUUGCAGGGGACCAGCAGCUCCAGCCUCGGCCGGAACAGCAUCUACCUGGGCACGUGCCAGGACGAGCCGGAGCAGCCGGACGACUGGAACCGCAUUGCAGAGCUGCAGCGGCGGAACCAGGCCUGCCCCCCACACCUGAAGACCUGCUACCCCCUGGAGAGCAGGCCCUCCACUUCCUUGGGAACCAUAACGGAUGAGGAGGUGAAGAUGGGGGACCCUAAGGAGACGUUGCGACGCGCCAGCAUGCAGCCCUCACAGAUCAUCCCCACCGGCAGUGGGGUGGGCACCCGGCGCAGCACCCUGGGCCACGCCUUGGCCGGCAUCACCACCCGGCAGCAGAGGAAGCGCCUCUCAGAUGAGACCCACCAGGGCCCCGACACCCCCCAGUCCAAGAAGCCAACCAGCUGCUUCCCACGGCCCCAGACCGCCCAGGACCGCAGUGAGCGGCGCGGCUCCCAGGGCAGCCGGCAGAGCGAACAGCCGACCCCCGCCAAGCAGGCUCAGAGGCGCCAGUCGAUGGCGUUCAGCAUCCUCACCACCCCCAAGAAGCUGGGGAACCGCCUGCUGCGCCGGGCAGCCGCCCGCAAGAGCACUCCCAAGAACACCCCCAGCGGCAGCACCCGCCGCUCGCCCCGCAUAGCCACCGCCAAGUCCCCCAAGGGCAAGGCCAGUCGCCGAUCGCUCAAGGACACAAAAUUCUGAGGUUUCCCCAGUCCUUGUGUUGCAGGCUCUGCCCUGGCCCCCUACCUGCACCCCCUUGCCUCUCCCUUUCCCCCCAGUGCUGCGAGAACAUCCCUGGGGCCCAGCAGCACCGAGGGGAAACAGAUGGGGCCACCCGUGUGACGCUGCCCUGCACGUCCCACUGACAACCACGGGGCUGCCCUGAGCACGGCAGGGCCCCCGUGUCCUUCCUGCACCCAUUGUCACCCUAAACCCUCCCGAGACCCAAGGCAAGGGCAUGACAGGGAGUGAGGGCUGGAAACACCCGUGGGUGCAGGGGCUGGCACCAGGCUGGGGCUGGAGGGUCUGAGCCCUCCUCAGGGAUAUCCUGCAGCCCCAGUGACAGAGGUAAGACAUAGCAUCCCUUGACCCCCCCCUCGCCUCCCCUGCUCCCCCUGUGUGGGACUCCCGCACCUGCCCCUGCCCUCCUGCAGCUCCCAGGGAAGCCGAGGCAACAUUUUUAAAUG